UGAGCGUUUGCUAUGUUCCAGGGAUUGUUUUAUAUGUAUUGACACAUUUAUGUGUCCCAACAACUGUGAGAUGGAUGCUAUUGGUAUUAUCCCCAUUUUACAGAUGAAGAAACUGAGGCACACAGAAAGACUGAGUUACAUGCCUGAUGUUUUAAGGGCAGCAAAUGGCAGAGCCAGAAUUCAAAGGCAGGGACUUAUGCCCCUUGAAACGCUCUGCCAUUUGCUUUAUGAGUGGGCAUGGCGCCUUUUCUUUUCUAUGGUUAAUAUUCAUCGACAGUUCACAAAGAGUUAGGAAGUUAUUGAAUAUUCCUUCCUGGGAAACCCCACUAGCUGUAACCUGACUUUCCCAUUUUGGUCCAUUUCCUUUCAACCCAACCCUGUCUAAUGGGAACCUGGGAGACUAAUUGAAAUAUCUUGAUUCUUAUUCACCCUGCACUUCUCUUACUGUAAAAUUUUUCAUCCAUCCCUGAGACUAACCUAUGUGACUGUUAUACUUCAGAUGAGAGAAAUAAUGUUUACUUUUCCCCUCAGCAUUCUAGGUAUAAUUCUAGUUAACAAGUCACUAGUUUCACCAGUAGAAUGUUUUUGGCAUUCCAUACGCUGACUAGCAAAGUGUGGAUUGUUGGUCGAGACCUGGGUAGCAGAAGGACUUGUGGGAGCUGCUUCUGGAGAGUGGCCUUUCUGCUCUCAGGUUUGCUGACCCCUCAAAGAGUUCAAGGUUACACUAACUGAUGCACACAUAAUAUCACACUGCUUUCCCUGCAGUGAAUUAAAGGGAGUUACAGACCUUGUAACAGUUAGGCCCAAUGACCUCAUUGUUCAUGGAGACUUUGGGGUCUGGUGGCAAGCGAUUAGCUUUGGGAGUCACUUCACUCAUGUGUUCUGCUCCUGUUUUCCCCAAAUCUCCUGGGAAUUAGUCUCUUACUGCAAGGGAAAGAAUAAUCCUCCCACACUACUUGGAACACCUCAGUUUUGGAAAAAUCAUUUAAAAAAAUACUGUGAAGCCACCCAUGCUGCAUCAGUGCUGAAGGGUCAUUUGGGAAAAGGCAGCGUCCAGACGCUUGUGGGAGGUAAGAUUUUUAUGGGCUAUUUGUAUGUCCAGUUUUGCAGUCUUCAGAGGACUCCAUUGGGGCUGUCAAUGAAAACCAUUGAACCUGUCAAGUUGUUGUUUGCCAGGUCUCCUGGAAAAAACACGCUGACAAAUCAGCAGCACAGGGCGAGUCAAAGAGGAUCGUGCUAAAAAAAGAAGAAAAUGGAUGGCCCUGCUCUGGUGUGAGGCCACGGCCAAGUUCCCUGAUUUGUGCAGAGUUUCUCCGUCUUCUCUUCUGAACUUCCUGUCAGGAUGUUUUUCUUUGGUGGGCACUGUAGCCAUGUUGGCAGACCUGAAGAACUUUUACUGACAUUCAAGUUAUUCCUUGUCAUCGUUUAUCUUCAUGUGGUUCUGGUUACAUGCCUAGAAGAGAAUGCUGAUAAUUCCAGUUUGUUAUCACCAUCUGCUGAAUCAUCUCUUAUUGGUUUUGUCCCCUACUCCAAUGAGGUUGAAACUACGAGCCUAAAUGAUGCUGCUUCAAGCGUAUUAUCUACUUUAAACAAAACAGAAAAAACCAAAAUCACUAUAGUAAAAACCUUCAAUGCAUCAGGAGUCAAACCUCAGAGCAAUAUCUGCAAUUUGUCAUCUAUUUGCAAUGACUCAGCAUUUUUUAGAGGUGAGAUAAUAUUUCAAUAUGACGAAGAAAGCAAUGUUACCCAGAAUCAAAAUAUGGCUAAUGGCACCUUAACUGGAGUCCUGUCUCUAAGUGAAUUGAAACGAUCAGAGCUCAACAAAACCCUGCAAGCCCUAAGUGAGACUUAUUUUAUAGUGUGUGCUACAGCAGAUGCUCAAAGCACAUUAAAUUGUACAUUCACAAUAAAACUGAAUAAGACAAUGAACAUAUGUGCUGUAAUGGUUGCUUUAACAAGCGUAAAGAUUCAACCAAUGGAACAGUGCUGCUGUUCUGUCAGGACACCCUGCCCUUCCUCCCCGGAAGAGUUAGAAAAACUGCAGUGUGACCUGCAGGAUCCCGUUGUGUGUCUUGCUAGUCAUCCACAAGGCCCACAAUUUUCUUCUCCCAGCGAUCCCAUCCCCGUUGCUCCUCAGCCCACCAUUCUUUCUGAGGUCUCCAGUACCUUCUCUUUUGCUGAGCCUCGAGGUCAUCCAUCUGUUACCGAGAGGCCUCCCUCUCAGAUAGGGGUCAUUCACCUUUCUUCUCCCCAGCCUUCGGCUCCCAUAGCUUCCAGCCUUGCCAUUGAUAUGCCCUUCCAAUCUGGAACUCUCUCUUCCCCUACGCCCCAAACUGAUCUUUCCCACACCCUGCCACUUGUGAAAUCCUCACUUCCCUCUCCCACCACGUCUGCCCCUGUGAAUGCCGUCAUGACCAACACACCUCCUGACAAGACAGAAAUUGUUCACACCAGCAGCAUCAGUGUUUCUGAUCUUGAGAACCAAGUGUCCCAGAUGGAGAAGGCUCUGUCCUUAGGCAGCUUGGAGCCUAACCUCGCAGGAGAAAUGAUAAACCAAGUCAGCAAACUCCUUCAUUCCCCGCCUGCCUUGCUCGCCCCUCUGGCCCAAAGAUUGCUAAAAGUAGUGGAUGACAUUGGCUUACAGCUGAAUUUUUCAACCAAGACCAUAAGUUUAACCUCCCCUUCUUUGGCUCUGGCCGUGAUCAGAGUGAAUGCCAGUAAUUUCGACACAACUACCUUUGCUGCCCAAGACCCUGCAAAUCUUCAGGUUUCUCUGGAAACUCAGGCUCCUGAGAAUAGCAUUGGCGUUAUUACUCUGCCUUCAUCCCUGAUGAGUAGUUUACCAGCUAAUGAUGUGGAGCUGGCUUCCAGGGUUCAAUUCAACUUUUUUGAAACACCUGCCCUAUUUCAGGACCCUGCCCUGGAGAACCUCUCUCUGAUCAGCUACGUCAUAUCUUCCAGUGUUGCGAACCUGACUGUCAAGAACUUGACAAGAAACGUAACGGUUACAUUAAAGCACAUCGACCCGAGCCAGGAUGACUUAACAGUAAGAUGUGUAUUUUGGGAUUUGGGCAGAAAUGGUGGUAGAGGAGGCUGGUCAUCUGAUGGCUGCUCUGUCAAAGACAGAAGGCUGAAUGAAACCAUCUGUACCUGUAGCCACCUUACAAGCUUUGGCGUCCUAUUGGACCUAUCUCGAACAUCCUUGCCACCUGCUCAGAUGAUGGCUCUGACGUUUAUCACAUACAUUGGUUGUGGGCUUUCAUCAAUUUUUCUGUCAGUUACUCUUGUAACCUACAUAGCCUUUGAAAAGAUCCGGAGGGAUUACCCUUCCAAAAUCCUCAUUCAGCUGUGUGCAGCUCUGCUCCUGCUGAACCUGGUGUUCCUUUUGGACUCGUGGAUUGCUCUGUAUGACAUGCAAGGCCUCUGCAUCUCGGUGGCUGUAUUUCUGCAUUAUUUUCUGUUGGUCUCAUUCACAUGGAUGGGACUGGAAGCAUUCCAUAUGUACCUGGCCCUUGUCAAAGUGUUUAAUACUUACAUCCGAAAAUACAUCCUUAAAUUCUGCAUUGUCGGUUGGGGGGUACCAGCUGUGGUUGUGACCAUUGUCCUGAUUAUAUCCCCAGAUAACUAUGGGCUUGGAUCCUAUGGGAAAUUCCCCAAUGGCUCCCCCGAUGACUUUUGCUGGAUCAACAGCAAUGCUGUAUUCUAUAUUACGGUUGUGGGAUAUUUCUGUGUGAUAUUUUUGCUGAACAUCAGCAUGUUCAUUGUGGUCCUGGUUCAGCUCUGUCGAAUCAAAAAGAAGAAGCAACUGGGAGCCCAGCGAAAAACGAGUAUUCAAGACCUCAGGAGCGUUGCUGGCCUUACGUUUUUACUAGGAAUUACUUGGGGUUUUGCCUUUUUUGCCUGGGGACCAGUUAAUGUCGCCUUCAUGUAUCUCUUUGCCAUCUUUAACACCUUACAAGGAUUUUUCAUAUUCAUCUUUUACUGUGUAGCAAAAGAGAACGUCAGAAAGCAAUGGAGGCGGUAUCUUUGUUGUGGAAAGUUACGGCUGGCUGAAAAUUCGGACUGGAAUAAAACCGCUACUAACGGUUUAAAGAAGCAGACUGUAAACCAAGGAGUGUCCAGCUCUUCAAAUUCCUUACAGUCAAACAGCAACUCCACCCACUCCACCACACUGCUGGUGAAUAACGACUGCGCGGGACUCUCCAGCGGGAAUGGGAAUGCUUCUACAGAGAAGAAUGGUGUUUCUUUCAGUGUUCAGAAUGGAGACGUGUGCCUUCAUGAUUUCACUGGAAAACAGCACAUGUUUAAUGAGAAAGAAGAUUCCUGCAAUGGUAAAAGCCGUAUCGCUCUCAGAAGGACUUCAAAGCGGGGAAGCUUACACUUUAUUGAGCAAAUGUGAUUCCUUUUUCUAAAAUCAAAGCAUGAUGCUUGACAGUGUGAAAAUGUCCAAUUUUACCUUUUACACAAUGUGAGAUGUAUGAAAGUCAACUGAUUUUAUACUCAGCAACCUCUGGAGGAGCAUCAACUAAUUGAGGGCAAAGGUUACUAUUGGAAGAGGAAACCAAGACAUUAUACCAUGGUUUUUAGACAUUUGCGAAUUGGUUUCUUAUCCUUCGUUUUAAAAGAAGAUUGGUUUUAAACAACACACUAAGAAUAAGACUCAUUUAAAAAAGUCAAAGUAGUUCAUUUCCAGCUACAUUUUAAAAAGGCUAAGUUAUCUUUGAUAACAUCAUAUAAAGGAACUGUUGACUUCAGUCUGUUGGUGAGUUUAGUUGUGCAUGCCUUUGUUGUAAAUAAGCUCAAUUCUAGUGACCCAUAUGUCAAAAAUCUUACUUCUAUAUUUUUUGUAUUUAUUUUCUACUGUGUAAAUUUAUUUCUUUGUAGAAUCGUGGUUGUGUUGUUGUGUCUAAUGUGAUAAUUCUGAAAAUCCUUACUGGUUCAGUGAAUUCUAAAGCUCCUUUUGGAGAUUACAUGGGAUGUGAAAUACAGAAGCGUCACUGAAAUCAAGAAAUAAUAAUGCCAGCCAGACUGGAAAAAUGUAAGCAGACAGUGCCACAAUUAGCUCAUAGAGUGCCUUUGAGCGAGUUACAAAAAGGGGCCCCCACUGGCCAGACACAGCCCCAUGGGCUCGUGGUUUGGCAAACAGAGUGGGGACCAUAUUUUAGCCCCACUCACCCUCUUAGGUGCACCUUGUGCAGGGUACAACCUGAACAACCAUAUACGGCAUCCAGUACUGAUACCCAUCUCCUGACCUCAUCCCUAAUCAUCAGAUUAUGGAAUCUGCACCAAGAUGUUUAGCUUAAUACCUUGGCCACAGAGAGGGAUGGAACUGUAAUCUAGACCAUAUGUCAGGAAAAUUGUGAAUGUGGAGGAGAUACAUACACUGCCACUUCUCAAAUCCCCAGAGCCUUUCUUUUUAAGAGAGAUGUAUAUAAAGAUAAAAAUCAUAUUGCUGUUCUUUAAAAGACAACUGCAUGGUACUUUGUUGAUUGUUAUGACUGGUACACUCUGGCCCAGCCAGAACUAUAAUUAUUUUUUUAAAGGUAUCAAGUUUUGACGAGUGUAUAGUGACAAGGGGGAGCAACUAUUGGGAAUGGUGAACUAUCCUGCAAUGCUAUUGUUUCCAUAUGUAUCAAACCCUGACUGCUCCUAGCUAUAGAGGGUCUAUCUUGCUUCCCACCUACAGCUGCUUGAACAGUGCCUCAAGUAUGUCCUUAUUAGGAACAGUUCAAAACCCUUUCGUCUAGUCUUUCCCUAAGGUUCCCUUGCGUAUAUUUCAAGUGAAUGUUGUAUGCCAGACUAACCGUAGAAAUAAUAUAAUACACUUCCGUGAGUGCUGAUUUGCCUUUGCAAUAUUUCUUCUCCGAUUUAUUUAAUUGUCUUGUAUUUAUAUGUUAAAAUUGCCAAAAUAAAUUUGCAAUUAAGUCCUUUAAGUUUGAGAACUUGCACAAAGAGAAAAUGUUUGAGAUCU